AUAGUGCGGUCGCGUGUUGCAUAAUUAUUGUCUGAAACCUUCACAAUUCUUUUCUUUUGCGAAAUUCAAGCGUGAGUAGAUUCAAACAACGAAAAACUAACCGUUGUCAUACAUUUCUGUUUAUUUUUCUAGUUCGUUUAUUAUUUAAUAAUCGCCUUGAUUGUGAAAUUAAUUAAAGCACUGUCUCGGAAAUCGUCGGUAAUCCUGACAGCUCCUUCGAUGCGAGUGUGGUAGUGUUAUAGAUUCUCUUUUCAACUCUCAACGAGUUUCAGCUAGCUCGCACAUUCAAAGUGCAUUUGAGCCGCUAGUUCGGUUUGUUCGUCUCGUUUCGAAGGAAGUGUUCUUUCGUGUUCGGAACGUACGAUUUUGUGGAUUCUUCCAAUCGGUGCAAAUUGUGCUAGAAGUGGUUUGUCGUUCGGCUAGUCUGGAAACGGUGCUAAACAUUGCCUAUGUGAUAAGGAGUGGCAAGUGCGAGUAUCACCAAUCUUAACUUUUCGUCUGGCAUUAGUUCAAACCCAAUGGCCCUUGGAACAGAGGAAUCGGCACCGGUUUCAACUGCGACCAAAGGUGGACCUCCUGCAAACAUCACGGAAUCGAAGAAAAAAGGCAAUGGAAAAAAGCAGAAGAACAACAAAGAUAAGGAAUCGACCCCGCCGGCCACGGUGAAUGGAAAGACGAAGGAAGCGCUAGUCAACGGUCACGGUGCAAAUGAGAACGGCUUGAACGGUCACGUUUCUGAGUCGGAACAGAGCAGCAAGGACGGUGCAUCAACUGGUGGGAAGAAAAAAAGCGACUCUGAUGUGAUGGAAAUUAUUCAGGAUACUGGUUUCACGGUGCAAAUACUCUCGCCAGGUGUGGAAUCAUUAUCGAUUCAGGUAUCCAGCAUGGAAUUGGUGCAGGAAAUCCAUCAGCUGCUGAUGGACCGAGAAGAUACUUGCCACCGCACUUGCUUUUCGCUGCAGCUGGAUGGAGUAACGCUGGAUAAUUUUGCCGAGCUGAAGAACAUUGAGGGACUGAAGGAUGGCUCCGUUAUUAAGGUUGUGGAAGAACCGUACACGAUGCGCGAGGCAAGAAUUCACGUACGUCACGUGCGAGAUUUGCUGAAAUCGAUGGACCCCGCUGAUGCUUACAAUGGAGUGGAUUGUAGUUCCUUGACAUUCCUGCAUACCCUAACGCAAGGCGAUAUUUUGGAGAAGAAAAAAGGUCGCUCGGACAGUGUGGAUUGUACUCCACCGGAGCAUAUAAUGCCGGGGGCGAAGGAGAGACCGUUACUCCCUUUGCAACCCGGAGUUGGUAGAAAGGGACCACAACCGCUGAAGGUACUAACCACGUCCGCUUGGAAUCCUCCACCUGGUCCCAGAAAACUGCACGGAGAUUUGAUGUAUCUCUACGUAGUAACAAUGGAAGAUAAGCGGCUGCACAUUUCAGCAUGUCCCCGUGGUUUCUUCAUUAACCAAUCUACGGAUGACACGUUUGAUCCUCGCCCUAGCAAUCCCAGCUAUUUGUGCCAUUCGUUGAUCGAUAUGCUUUCGCAGAUAUCUCCCACAUUUAGACGAUGUUUCGCACAGAUGCAGAAAAAGAGAACUCAACGACAUCCGUUCGAGAGGGUGGCGACUCCAUAUCAGAUCUACACCUGGUCAGCUCCAGCUCUGGAACACACGAUCGAUGCCAUCCGGGCCGAGGAUACAUUUUCUUCCAAGUUGGGUUAUGAGGAACAUAUUCCUGGUCAAACGCGAGACUGGAAUGAGGAAUUGCAGACGACGCGGGAGUUGCCCAGGGAAACACUUCCGGAGCGGUUAUUACGUGAGCGUGCCAUAUUUAAGGUUCACAGUGACUUUGUCACAGCGGCUACUCGUGGGGCGAUGGCCGUCAUAGACGGAAAUGUGAUGGCAAUUAAUCCGGGAGAGGACGCAAAGAUGCAGAUGUUUAUCUGGAAUAAUAUUUUCUUUUCGCUCGGUUUUGAUGUUCGGGAUCACUACAAAGAGCUAGGAGGAGAUGCUGCGGCAUUUGUGGCACCAAGAAACGAUCUGCACGGAGUUCGAGUUUACUCGGCAGUUGAUGUGGAAGGUUUGUACACGCUGGGAACGGUGGUUAUUGACUAUCGAGGCUAUCGUGUAACUGCCCAGUCGAUUAUUCCUGGUAUUCUGGAGCGAGAGCAGGAACAAUCCGUCGUUUAUGGAUCGAUAGACUUUGGAAAGACUGUUUUAUCACAUGAAAAGUAUCUGGAACUACUAAACAAUGCAGGCAAGCAUCUCAAAAUACUGCCACACAGUGUCUUAAACGAUAAAGACGAAGAAAUCAAACUCUGUUCCUCGGUUGAAUGCAAGGGUAUUAUCGGGAAUGACGGUCGACAUUAUAUUCUGGAUCUGUUGCGUACUUUUCCACCGGAUGUGAAUUUCCUGAAAUUAGACGAAGAGCUAAGUAAGGAUAGCAAGGCUCUCGGAUUUCCAAUCGAACAUAAACAUAAGCUGAGCUGUUUACGGCAAGAACUGUUGGAUGCUUUCGUUGAAAGUCGCUAUUUGAUGUUCAUCAAACAUGCCGCCUUCCAGCUACAACAGUUGAAUUCCGCGAAGCGUCAGCAAAAGCAAGACGUAAAAGAAGACGAAAUCAAAGAUGAUACUAAAGCUAUCGAACAUAUCGCAGCUAAAGAAGAAACCAAAAAUACAGAAGAAUCUAAUAAUAAUAAUAACUCGAAGGAAGAGUCUUCGAAGAAGGUAGAAUCUGUUGAGCAUACGAGCGAAAAACACAGCGGUUUGCCAAAGGUGGAAACGGAAGAAGCGAAAAAAUUAAUGGAAACGCUGCUGUCUAGCGAUGAGAAAAACGAAAGCAAAGAAGUAGUCAAACGAGCGUGUGAAGCAGUUGGAUCACUCAAGGAGUACGAAUUCGAUAUCCGCUACAAUCCGGAUGUGUACUCGCCGGGUAUAAAACAUGUGGAUAAUCCGGAUGCCGCCAAUUCGUUGAAAAAGCAAAAGCAGCUUGUGAAAGAUGCUGCCGAGUUCCUCAUAAAGCACCAAAUCCCAAGCUUUGUCCAUGACUGUCUGGAUCACACGGCUGCUCCUAUGGACGGCACAACGCUGACGGAAACACUGCAUAGUCGCGGCAUCAACAUCCGUUAUCUGGGCAAGGUUGCCAACUUGUUGGCAAAGAUCAAGCAGCUCGAAUAUCUCCAUACGAUUGCAGUCUCGGAACUGAUUAUCCGUGCUGCCAAACACAUCUUUACCACUUAUAUGCAGAACACCGAAAUGAUGAGCAUGGCUUCGGCCAUUAGCCAUUUCUUGAACUGCUUCCUAACUUCGACCACAGCAGUGUUUCAUGCCUCCGAAUCCGAUUCGGUGUCCAAAUUCGGUUCCAAUAGUAAACAGCAACGUCGACAAAAUAAGCGAUCCACUGGGAGCAAGGGUGGCAAAUCAUCGUUUCAGUGCAUACAAGACAAUAACGAAUGGCAGUUGUUGACUCCAAAAUCGCUAUGGACUCAAAUUGAGCAGGAACUCAAAUUCUACUGGGACUAUGAUCUACUGCCGGCAAAUUCCCACGAUUCUGUCGAUCCAGUAGUAACCCACUAUCGGUUGCAAAAGAUCAGUCUGUUGCGAGCAUUUUGUCUGAAGACUGGCAUUCAAAUCCUUCUCCGUGAGUACAAUUUCGAGAUGAAGAACAAACCGACCUUUGGGGAAAACGAUAUCGUCAAUGUUUUCCCGGUCGUGAAACACAUUAACCCUCGAGCGUCGGAUGCUUAUAAUUUCUAUACCACCGGUCAAACAAAGAUUCAGCAAGGUUAUUUCAAAGACGGAUAUGAUCUUAUUAGUGAGGCACUAAACUUGCUCAACAAUGUUUAUGGAGCAAUGCACCCGGAGAACGCACAGUGCCUAAGGAUGUUAGCCCGACUCAGUUACAUCAUGGGUGAUCCGCAGGAAGCACUAGCUAUUCAGCAGCGAGCGGUGCUGAUGAGUGAACGAGUCAAUGGCAUUGACCAUCCAUACACGAUCGCUGAAUAUGCUCCACUCGCGUUGUAUUGUUUCGCCAACAGUCAGAUCAGCACUGCCCUCAAAUUACUGUACCGUGCCAGAUAUCUUGCCACGAUUGUGUGUGGUGAAAAUCACCCCGACAUCGCCAUGUUAGAUAGCAACAUUAGUUUGAUUCUUCAUGCUGUCGGUGAGUAUGAACUGUCGUUGCGUUUUCUGGAGCACGCUUUAGCGCUGAACAUCAAAUACUAUGGCGAAAAGUCGCUCAAAGUAGCCGUUAGUUAUCACUUGGUAGCACGAACUCAAAGCUGUAUGGGUGAUUUCCGGUCGGCCUUGAACAACGAAAAGGAGACAUACGCAAUCUACAAACAACAGUUGGGAGAGACGCACGAAAAGACCCAGGAAUCAUCGGAAUGUCUGCGUCAUCUAACCCAGCAAGCAGUUGUACUGCAGAAAAAAAUGAACGACAUCUACUCCAAUGGCAAGCUUACAAGCGGGCUUCCGCCUAUUCAUAUUCAACCUCCAUCGAUGGGUUCUGUACUGGACAUGCUGAAUGCAAUCAACGGUAUUAUUUUCGUACAAAUUAGUUCCAAAGAAAUUGCCAACUUGAAGAACGAAAUUGAGAAACGCCAAAAGGGCGGUAGCCCAUCGGAGCCACCAGUCGUGCAAGCCAACAAGGAGGAGGUGGAUCGUAUGCUGACUGAAACAAUGGCCAAGACUGCUGCUGGAAUUCCGUUCGAGGAGCACGAAAAGAACGAUGCGCCCGUCGUUCCCGAAACUGACAGCCGGCAAGAUAAUAAACACACCGAACAGCAGCCGGUAGAGAGCUGAAACCAAAUCAUGCAUCACCAAUAUCGACAGUGAAUAAUUUCAUUCGCUGGUCGAAUCACUACUAAAACAAUAUUGCUAAACUACAACAAAAAUCAUCAAUCGAGGAAAGUUUCUUCUUUAGUUGCUAGAAUUUGUUUGUUACAUAACUAGUUGUUUUGCUCUGGUAGGCAGAGUUGAUAGAAAUUAAGAGUAGUCAGCCAAACGGAAGGCAGUUUUUUUUUCGCAGCCGGAUUAAAACUUUCCUCUUAGGUUACAGUUAUUUCUACUAUCCCAACAAGCGGUGCACUUUACUAAUUAGUGACCAGUAGCUUAUUACGCACAGAAUUUGAAAUCACACAAUUUUACAUACCCUUUCUGAUUUUCUAAAGAAAAGGUAAGUAAUAGAGUAUGGUGAGAGCUACACUGUAGCAGCAAAGGCUGAAAACCAAACUUACUAAGUCCAGUGCAAUGAAAAUUAACAUCUUUAUGAAAGAAUAAAAAAAACUAUUAACUUGUCAUUGAAUCUGCUAGACCCGAUACAACCUGGCUAGUCAUCGUUUCAAACUUCUAUUCCCUAAAAAUCUAAUAGUUCUACAACGGCCCUGGUCAUAAACACCACGCGCUUUUUUAUGUAGGGAGACGAACAUACAGACGGUACGUAUUGAAUAUCGUAUUGAAUGAAAUAAAGAAAAACAAUCACUCUUUAUGUUGGAUUAAUUUUUCGAUUGCACGCCGUUCGUAUUCUUGCUAACACGGGAGCCAAAAUAAACGGCAGUCACAGUCGGUCGAAAACGUCAAUCCGUCGUAAUGCAGAAUAAGUCUAAAUUACUAACAGCAAUCAGAAAACCAACAGCUAGAUAGUCACGGCACAAUGCCACCACGACACCACAAUAAACAUAAAACAAAUACGUAGUGUUUAGCUAGCGAUGUGUAGCAGUUGAAACUUAAUAUGUACUACCGAAUUUUUUAUAGGCUUUCAAAUUGAAUUAAGAAACAUGAGAAAUAAAAAAAAAUGAAGCCAAAACUUUAA